CAUUUCCACACUUUCUCUCUUCCACCCUUCCUCAAUCUCUCUCUCCCUCUCUCGUUAUCUCUUUUCCCACCUACUACCCUCCCCCAUAAAUGCAAACACACUCUUUUCGCCCAGUCUUCCUCAUUUCUCUACCUCGUUUUCGGUACGUUACAAGCACUUGUCUCUCUCUCUCCCUCACAUUCGCCAAUACUAACCGCACAGUUCCGUUGUCAUUUGGAACAUGUUUCAUCUGAUUUAUGGACACUUGUGCAGUUGAUACCCAUCGCAUACACGGACAUACAGCUGUCUGAACGCACUCGUAUACAUCCAUCCAUCAACCUUAACCAGUUGCAGCCGGUGUGUAUACCAUGUACUCAAAUACUCCGUUGUCGUUUUCUCUGCUUGCCGUUUACCCGGAUAUCUGGUGUAUGACGGACAUGUUUCGGAAGAUGAACAGUAUUUCAGCCGUGAAUUAGAAGAAGAGGAGGAGGGCGUGGAAACACAUACCAUACCUACACAGACAGAGACUCCGGCUCCUGUCAUGGCUACUUACUCUGGAAGUAAGAACACUGUAGAACUGGCUAUAGAUCCUUUAAUUACAUGCAAGCUAUGUUUGACAGAGUGCUCGCUGCAAGAGAUGUAUGAGAUCCGAGAUUGCAGAUGUCUUUACUGCGAAGCAUGUGUCAAACAAUAUUUAUCUGUGAUGAUACAAGAGGGUAAUGUGUUGAGUAUUACCUGUCCUGAUGCCCAGUGUAAAAAGCAAGGCAAAUUUGAUGCCCCAGAGAUAGAACAACUUGUAAGUCGAUCAACAUUUGAAAGAUAUUCAAGACUACGCUUUCAGAAAGAGGUAGAUGUGGACCCCAACAGGAUGUUCUGUCCCCAAGCUGGCUGUGAAACUGUCUGUUAUGUGUUCUACCCGUCACCAGAAGACAAACUUAAACCUAUCUCUGUUGAAUGUCCACAGUGUGGUUUUGAAUUCUGUUCAGUCUGUAAAAACAAGUGGCAUGCAAUCCAAAGCUGUGAUGAAGUGAUGAGUAGAGGCAAAGCAGAAGAUAUUGGUAUCCCAUACAGCAAUAUAGAAGAUGCACAAAUCAAACGCUGUCCAGUGUGUCAUGUUCCAAUUGAGAGAAACGAUGGCUGUGCCCAAAUGAUGUGCAAACGCUGCAAGCAUGUCUUCUGCUGGUACUGUCUGGCAUCAUUGGAUGUAAGUGGCUGUUAUUUUUGUCUAUUCUGUUUAUUUUAGGUUUUGUUAACAAUCAUCUGGUAUCCUUCCAUUUUCAAAGUGGUUGGGGGAAAUUUGGCUGUUAUUUAUAGCAAGUUGAUUGACUGCAUGUAGACUCCUUUGUUUACCAUCUGGAUAUUGAUUAAAGUUUCUCUUUGUCAACACAAACUCUUUCUCUCUCUCUCUCGAUGAGGGACAGCCUCAGCCGAAGUAUGCUGGUCAAAAAUACCCAAAAUGGAUUAUUAUUAUUAUUAUUCUAUCUUGUUUGUUAUACAAAGAGUUCUUAAAGUGAGAAAAAGAAGUGCCACAGCGUUUGGAUACGAUCCAUCUGUUCUUUCUCAUAAAAUAAUUUAAUCCAGUUUGUGAAUGUUUUUUUUUCUUUUUCUU